UUGGCAUUGCAGGUUCCAACUAUGACAAGUUUUUGCCCCCGAAUUCUUACAUCGACGCACGGAAAUAUCACCCAGAAGAACUGGCGCGGCUCCUGCAGCAACUCCAGGCGGACCCCGUGGCUUAUGGCAAGUAUCACAUCUGGCGAGGGUUUUGGGAAGCAAAGGUUGGAGGCAGUUUAUGCGAGCUCUGUUACCGACUGCACGUUGAGACAGAAAAAAAAUAUUACUCUGACAUCGGCGUGUGGAGACACGAAAAUAAUAAUUGUAAAGUUUACAGUAAAAGUGGAGAGGACACAAGAGCCUCCAGUAGCAGAAAAUGAAACAAAUUAA